UCUUGCUGCUUUUGCAUUUUGCUACUUUCAGCUACUUUUACAAAAAAUUAUAAAUAUUAUGAACUUCAUUUGAGAUGACUUCUCAAUACAAGAAGUUUACUAGGUUAAUAGCAAAGUGGCCUGUGGAUAAUACCAAAGGAGAAAGGGACCUCGGAAAAUUUAUCAGAGAUAAAGUAAAAGCUGCGUUUGAAUCAUCAGAUAAACAGAAACUUGAUUCUGAGCUUUGCAGUCGCCAAUACAAUUCGUUGAAUAAACUUGCAGAUAACCAUUACAAAAACAAAUAUAAACGCACACGAACCAGUACUGCAACAGGUCUAAGUGCUGAAGAGUGUAAUUUAAUCCUAUCCGACGAAGUAUUAACGUACUUAAAGGAAGAAAACAAAGGUUUCUUUACUCGUCGAUGUAGUACAGAAUCAGUAAAAUACAAAGACCACACACCUGUUAUGUUGGAUGAAGUUAUAAAGCACCUUGACCCACAAGAUAAUGAAGUGUACAUUGAUAUGACCUUUGGUGCUGGUGGACACACAAAAAGGAUACUUGAGUCAGCAAACUGUAGAGUUAUAGCCUUGGACAGAGAUCCAAUCGCCCAUGAGAAAGCAAAGCAACUAGCAUCUGAAUAUCCUAACAGAGUCACUCCAUUACUUGGUAAGUUUAGUGAGCUACCAACACUGUUAAAAAAUGAAGGCUAUGGUCAAUCAAGUAUAGAUGGAAUACUAUUCGAUUUCGGUUGUUCUUCCAUGCAAUUAGAUACAGGAGAGAGGGGGUUUUCAAUAAGUAAAAAUGGUUAUUUAGACAUGAGAAUGGAUGCUGGAAGAGAUCCUGACCAGAUCACAGCGAGAGAAGUGUUAGCAACAGCGAAUGAGCAAGAGCUAUACAAAAUCUUCAAAGUGUAUGGGGAAGAGAAGAAAGCUGCAAAAAUUGCCCAAACGAUCAUCCAGGCUAGGUAUAUGAUAAAGAAUAUUGAUACGACCAAAGAGUUGGUAGAUGUGGUCAAUUCCUGCACUCCAGAUGAAGUGAGAUUAGAUAAGCUUCAAAGACCACAAUCAAAUGCAACCAAAGUCUUCCAAGCAUUACGCAUUUUUGUCAACAAUGAGUUGAAUGAACUGAACUAUGGCAUGGUACUUGCUAAAUAUUACUUGAAACUUAGCGGGAGGCUUGUUACUAUUUGCUUUCACUCUUUAGAAGAUACGAUUGUAAAACGCCAUAUCGCUGGAAAUAUUAUAAAUGAAGUAGCAAAUCCUGUGCCUCUAAAGUAUCUCAAUCCAACGUUGGUACAGAAUCAGGAAACUAUAGAUCAAUUCUUGGAUACCCCUUGGAAGUCCAUGACAAAACAUGUGGAGGUACCAACUGAAGAUGAAGUAGACCGUAACCCCAGAAGUAGAAGUGCAAGAUUAAGAGCUGCAAUCAAAGUGAAAUAAAUCGGCUUGAAUAUUUCAAAAAUGUAGAUGUUCCCUGAUACUUUUAACUUAUUUUAU